UUCUGAAGAUGGCAGGAUAGGUUAAUAGAGUGGUUAAGAAAACAUAUAGGACACUUUAUCAGCAGUGACAUAGAUUAUAAGAGUGGGGGUGGGAUUAUAUUGGAGCAGGUUUCGGUUAGGCUAGGAGUACUGUGCACAGUUUUGGUCACCACACUGUAGUAUCAAACAGUUUAACAAGGAACGGCGAUCGAAUGAACCGAAUUAUUUUCUUUAGAGCAAAGAAGAUUGAGAAAGGACCUGAUGGAGGUGUAUAAGAUUAUGAGGGGCAUGGACAAGGUGGAUAGAAAGCAGUUCUUCUGAGUUGAAGGGUCACUAAUGAGGGUUUAUAAUUUUAACAUGAACAGCAGUGGAGAGGAUUUGAAGGAAUUUGUUACAGAGAGUAAUGGGGUUCAGGAAUCUACUGCCUGACACCUCUCAACCUUCGAAAAGUAUGCGGAAGGGCACUUGAAAAUGUCAUAACAUUCAAGGCUAUGUACCUAAUGCUGGAAAGUGGGAUUAGUGUAGCUAGGUCAGUGCAGACUGGAUGGACUAAGUGGCCUCCUUUCAUUGUGUUGCAUGAUGAAUAAAGACAGCUAAAAGCCACUGACAAAUCAAUUGUAAUAGGUAUGGAUCGCUGAGCUUACGUUGCUGAAUGGCAGAAGAGGCUGAACAAUUUUCUCCCAUUCCCAUCUGGAAUGAGGUGGAGACUGCUUUCCCCAUGGUAAGGAAGAAGAUUCCACGUCAGCUGGUCUGGAAAGUACCUCCCCUACCCCACCUUGAUCCAUUGGUAUGAAAAUGUACUCUCAGCGUGGAAUAACUUCUCUCUUUUACAGUAUGUGGUGGUCUCAGACUUUCCUCCUUGCACUGUCCUUCGCCUUUGUCCAAAGCAGACACCUCUGUCACCCGACCAACAUGACAAUCUCUGCUGAGAAGGAUGAAUGCCCCAUUUGUGUGGCCCUAACUACUUCUACAUGCAGUGGCUACUGUCCAACCAAGGAAUCAGUGUAUAAGAGCCCUCUCCUGUCAGUUUACCAGCAUGUGUGCACUUACAAGGAGAUUCAAUAUGAGACCAUCAAGCUGCCAGGUUGCCCCUUAGGUGUCGAUUCCACCUACACCUACCCUGUGGCGGUCAGCUGUGAAUGUAACCUCUGUAAAAUGGAUUACACUGACUGCACAGUGCAGAGCAUUAAACCAGACUUCUGCAGUGCCAGGAGAAUGUCGUUGUGAGCCAUGCCUCUUCAACACCCAUCACCUCUCUUCUAACCACUGUUGUACCUUCCUUUGCUGCAUUUUUACUCAUCUGGGGUUUCCUUCUGGAUGUCAGAGCUGGCUUCUUGCAACCUCCUAAAGAAGUUCCUGUUUCUUCCUGCCCUCACCCACUUCAGGGGAGCACUAAGCUGAAAUUAAAAGUAAAGUGCUACACAUUUGACAUUCAAGAUCCUGCAAAUCUUAAAAAAAAGCUAUAACUCCCACUGACACGCCAAGGACUGCUGUUUUGGAAAUACCUUAAUAGCUACCAUGAAAUAAAGGAAGCAGCUUUGGAUUUGGUAUGGUAGGAGGGGGAAGACAAUGAAAGUGAGAGAGAGGAAAAGUCACCAAUCCACAAAGUGAGGAAAGGAAUACGGUCUUUCAGCUGCAAAAUCAGACAUUUUGGUUCAGUUUUUAAACUCUUGACAAACUCCUCCUGGCUCAACGUUGUUUUAUUUUGUAAUUGGGAUGGUGGCACUUUCCCUCCUCCUGACCCCACGACCACUGCCCCUUCGUCCCCAAUGCAGCAGAACAACAGCACGAUAAA